AGUUGAGAGUGUCAUCGAAAUCGAUCACUUGGGCGCCAUCGAACUUGCACAGUUUCCAGUGGAAUAUGCCGGAGUUGGGUGCUGUUGCUGUGUAUAAACGUGGGCGAUCUCUACUGGGCUUUGACAGCGAUCCAUAGCUCCUCUUGGGUUGACUAGUCGCGGUCUGGUAGAGAGUUCUCUGCGCGUGUGCACAUCGUGGCGAUGGCGACUGCAGUGGCGAGAAGCAUUUUCAUGUUUGCCCUAGUGGCACUUGUACUAAGCAAUGGUGGUGCUCUGAUUGCGGAGGCGCAGGGGGAAUGCAGCCGAAACUCGCCAUGUCCAAAUUUGGCGCACUGUUGCAGCAACUGGGGGUACUGCGGGGUUGGCAACGACUAUUGUGGGGAGGGUUGCCAGGGCGGGCCGUGUUAUGGCCCUACUCCUCCAGGCCCUUCACCUCCCUCUGGCUCCGGCCUGGACGCCAUCCUAACUAGAAGCGUUUUCGAGAAUUUCUUCCCCGGCCAUCUCUCCUUCUACUCUUACGACGUGCUCAUUGAGGCUGCGAAAUCAUUCCCUCAGUUUGGCACGACGGGCGACACCGACACUCGUAAGAGAGAGAUCGCUGCUUACGCGGCGCAUGUCAAGCACGAAACUGGAGGACUCACCAAAAUCACGGAGCAAACCGGAGACAAUUAUUGUGCAAGCUGGCGCCCAGAUAUUCCUUGCAACGGCCAAUACAAUGGUCGCGGUCCUCUCCAACUUUCCUGGAACUACAAUUACCUCGCAGCAGGCUCGUACUUGGGUGUCGAUCUCAUCAACAAACCCAAUCUGGUGGCAACAAAUAACCUCAUCGCUUUCAAAACGAGCCUGUGGUUUUGGAUGAUUUAUGGAGACACUGUUAUCCCUCACAUUCAUGAUGUCAUGAUCGGGAAUUGGAGACCCUCCAGCGCCGACCAAGCUGCGAACCGCGUACCCGGUUUCGGCGUCACCAUAGACGUUAUUAACGGAGGCUUGGAGUGCAACAAAUACAGCGCCCAGGCAGAUGCCCGAGUGAAUUAUUACAAAGAUUUUUGCAAUCGUCUGAAUGUGAAUCCUGGUGGUAAUCUGGACUGCAAAAAUAUGAGGCCAUUUUACUCAGUUAACAUGGUUGCAGAAGCUUAAGCGCUUAGCGUUUGCCAAGUUUCUGGCGAGACCCUGUGGUCAUGUCAAUGAGUGCAUCUUCUCAAUGACUUGUCACAGGUUCAUCACACGGGGUACAGUUGAAUGAGCACUACGAAGAGCAUGUAAGAGUAUACAAUAAAGAGUACGUUCACGUCUUCUUAAAGACUAUCUUUCAGAGGAAAUAGAGAAACUCAGGCUUGAGCUAGCUUUAUGUGCGCAAGAGGAAAUUCCUAUUAGAAGCUGUUUAUCAGAGCUUCGAACAGAGUGCAAUCUCCUCUUCCAAUGUGUUUAUAUAUAUAUAUAUAUAUAUAUAUAAUGUAAACCGACACACAUAUAUACACACAAGCCUUGUGGCUA